AUGCUGGUGGAAAGGUCCGAGGCCGGGCACUGUGCCUUGAUGGAAGAGAGACAGCGGGAGCUCUCCGAUGUCCAACGCCUUCGACGCGAGCACCGCGAGGCCAAAGAGCAGCUGGUGGCCUUGCGUGCGGAGGUCAAUCAAACAAGGGCAAACGCAGAUGAGAAGCGCCAGCGUUUCGAGCGAAUAAUCUCGGAGCAACGAGAACAAAUAGAAGCUUUGCAGGAGGCAAACGGCCUCGCGGAGAAAGAAUUGCAGGACCGGGGUUCGCAGUCUUCGGACGUGGAGACGGCAUUAUUCUCGUGCCUUCAGGAACGAACUUCACUGCUCCAGUUCUUGGUGGAUUUGCUCUCUGCCUUGCAGACCUUGUUCUACGACCCUACUCCUUUCACGCGCUUGCGCAUGCGAUCUCCUUCACCAACACCUGGCGGCGUCAAUUGUGCUGGACGACGAAGGGCAGCAUCCAGGGAAACCUUCCACAGGCACUCUGGAUGCUUUGCAUGUGCUUCAAGUGACUGGGUGCCGGGGGCUGGCCCGGAACGCAGCCUCAAAGACUUGCAAGUCUUUGGAGGUGAAGAUCUGAAGGAGCUUUGCAGUGCUCUCGAGGGGGAGAUCGCACAGGCGUCGCAAGCCCUAACUGCGCAGGUGCAGCGGGUGAUGGCCGAGGCAGAGCAGAGCGCGAGAGCUGUGAGCGCUGCGCAACAGCCCGGGCAGCAAAUGCGUGCUUGUGGUGCUUGGGUGGAUCAGGAGAAGCGACGCAAGGAGAAGCAAGGUCUGCCUGCAGAUCGCGCAGUGCCAUCUGUUGAUUGGAGCGAGGAGAGGGCUCAAUAUUUGAGCAUGACCCGCGCCAUGGAGACCAAGUUCGCUCAGCUCAUCAAGCUUCGACGCCUGCUGCAGGCAAAAUUCAAUGCAGCCAGAAAGAAGGUGCAGGUUGGAAAGUACUGA